AUGGUUAACAUGCAAAAUGAAGACAGAGAAUUAAUUAGUUAUGGCAGAAGACUAAAGAAGAUUCAAAAUAAAAUUGAACAAUUAAAUGAAAAUUUAGGCAAUUUGUCUGGACAGCAAGCUGAUGUCAAAGCCCAAAUUUUUAAUAAAGAGGAAGAAAUAAAGAACUUCAAUCGCAUUAAGCAAAUGAGUAAGAAUAUUACAAUUAUAAGUAGUAUAUUGUCGCUUACAAGUUCUGCCAUCAGUGGCGGUUUAUCACUAGCUGAUUAUUCUCAAGAAGGAGGGUUUUUGUCAUUAGCUGGGUCAGCUACAAGCGGCUUGUUCGCAUUAGUUGGUUCAAUUGUGGACAAUUACUUUUCUAAUAAAGAAAUGGAUGCACAAAAAUCUAAAGUAGAAUUAGAGAAGAAAUUGGAGACGAGGUUAGAGGAAAAGUUUUAUAGAGACCGGAGAAGUUUGAGAGAAAGUUGGAUAGAAUUAGUUGAUAUUUAUGAAGAUUUGUAUUUACUUAGGCAUAUUUCCAUGAAUUUUCCUGUAGAGGUGGAUGAGGCUCUUUCGAAUUUUGUGGAAGCAUUAUCUGAAGUAUCUAAAGUAAAAAAAAAUGAAAAAACAAGUAAUAUAUGUAUAAAUAUAGCACCAGUUUCAAUGACUAAUGAUCCAGCACCUAAUACUAACGUUAAAGAUAACACUGAUAACAUCAUAAAAGAUGAGGAAUUGCUAGAAAAAUGGAAAAAAAAUGGUAAUAACAUUGCUGAAAAAAUAAAGGAAUUAGUAGAAAAAAUAGGUGAUUAUCGUCAAAAGCUGAUAAAUCGGUUAAAGCCACAGCGUCAAAAUCCUCCUUUGCCUUAUCAAUAUAUUCCUUUACAAACACAGCCUAAUCAACAUCCUUCUUUUCCUUUACCACAACCUUAUCAAUACUCUCCCUAUUCUCCCUAUGGAAAAUAA